GUCUUCGAUCCAACGGUCAAAGUUCGAAGUCGUAAUUCCCAGCAAGCCUCCGUUUGUCCUAAAAGAGAUAUAGACAGAUCAAAUAUAAAAGCGAAAUAUGAAAUGUGUUGUGGUUCACAAUAGGUUCAGAUUCGCAACCUGUUGCAGUAACAGUCUAUUGUAUUUGCAUACUUCGAGCUUCUUCUACGAUCGGUGUAGGGUUUUUCGCCGGAACCCGAAUCGAUUCGUCUCCAAUUCAAUCCCGCUUCCUCUGCAGAGGAAACCUGUUACAGUGUUGAGAAAUCAUAAAGGGUUUAAUCUCUGGGAUGGGUUUUCAAGGAAGAAGAGACGGGGUGUUGUGAAUUGUCAAGAAGACGAUCAGAAAGCUAGUUCGAGUGAGAGUAGUGACGGAGAAGGAGACCAAGAUUCUCCGGCGAACUCGAGCUCGAGCUCAUCGUCGAAGCGGAAAAUAGAGAAGGAAAGGAAAGAUGGGGUUAUGUGGUCGAGAGGGAAGAAAUGGCAGUGGCAGCCAAUACUCCAGGCGCAGGGGAUUGGGGUUUUACUGUUGCAAUUAGGCGUUGUUAUGUUUCUGAUGAGAUUGCUACGACCUGGAGUACCUUUACCUGGCUCUGAGCCUCGGAUUCAGACGACUUUCGUGAGCGUGCCUUACAGCGAGUUCUUGAGUAAAGUUAACAGUAACCAGGUGCAGAAAGUGGAGGUUGAUGGGGUUCAGGUUUUGUUUAAGCUUAAAGAUGAUGGGAAAUGGCAGGAGAGUGAAACUAGUAGGAUAUCUGAGUCUUCUGAGUCGCUGCUAAGAACUGUGGCUCCGACGAAAAGAGUUGUAUAUUCUACCACAAGGCCUGCCGACAUCAAAACACCAUAUGAGAAGAUGCUUGGGAAUAAUGUUGAAUUCGGAUCGCCUGAUAAACGCUCUGGUGGCUUCUUCAACUCCGGAUUGAUAGCACUUUUCUACAUAGCGGUGCUUGCAGGGCUUAUUCAACGAUUCCCUCUUAGCUUCUCCAUGAGUUCAACCAGCCAGCUUAGGAGCCGAAAGUCUGGUGGUUCUGAUGGGGGAAAAGUCUCUGGUGGAGGUGAAACAAUUACAUUUGCAGAUGUUGCAGGUGUUGAUGAAGCAAAGGAAGAGCUAGAAGAAAUCGUCGAAUUUCUUAGGAAUCCUGACAAGUAUGUCCGUCUGGGUGCACGUCCUCCUCGUGGUGUCCUAUUGGUUGGUCUUCCUGGAACAGGGAAAACGCUUCUUGCAAAGGCUGUUGCUGGGGAAGCUGACGUUCCCUUCAUAAGUUGCUCUGCAAGUGAGUUCGUAGAGCUGUAUGUCGGUAUGGGUGCCUCACGUGUAAGGGAUCUCUUUGCUCGGGCCAAGAAAGAAGCACCGUCCAUUAUAUUUAUUGAUGAGAUAGAUGCUGUGGCAAAAAGCCGUGAUGGUAAAUUCAGAAUUGCCAGCAAUGAUGAAAGGGAGCAAACACUGAAUCAGCUGCUUACCGAGAUGGAUGGUUUUGACAGCAGCUCUGCGGUUAUCGUUCUUGGAGCUACAAAUCGUGCCGAUGUCUUAGAUCCGGCCCUGCGUCGCCCUGGGAGAUUUGAUCGUGUUGUUACGGUGGAAACGCCAGACAAAAUUGGAAGAGAAUCCAUUUUGAGAGUACACGUCUUAAAGAAAGAGCUUCCUUUGGGAGAUGACGUCAGCCUUGGUAGUAUUGCCUCAAUGACCACUGGUUUUACAGGGGCAGACCUUGCAAACUUGGUAAAUGAGGCUGCCUUGCUUGCUGGACGAAAGAGCAAGACAACCGUUGACAAAAUUGACUUCAUUCAAGCUGUGGAGCGAUCCAUAGCGGGCAUAGAGAAGAAGAGUGCAAGAUUAAAAGGCACUGAGAAGGCAGUGGUUGCAAGGCAUGAAGCUGGGCAUGCAGUAGUUGGUACUGCUGUUGCAAAACUUGUUACUGGACAACCACGUGUUGAGAAAUUGAGCAUAUUGCCAAGAACAGGAGGGGCAUUGGGAUUUACAUACAUACCUCCUACCAAUGAGGACAGAUAUUUGCUCUUCAUUGAUGAGCUGCUUGGACGUUUGGUUACCCUUCUCGGAGGUCGUGCAGCUGAAGAAGUUGUCUACUCGGGGCGUGUAUCAACAGGUGCAUUUGACGAUAUCAGGCGGGCAACUGAUAUGGCAUAUAAGGCAGUAGCUGAAUAUGGUCUUAACCAGACAAUCGGACCCGUAUCUGUGGCUACACUUUCUGGUGGUGGGAUUGACGAUUCGGGAGGCUCACCAUGGGGAAGAGAUCAGGGGAAACUAGUUGAUCUUGUUCAAAGAGAAGUGACAAAUCUGUUACAAUCUGCUCUCGAUGUUGCACUGUUGGUGGUACGCGCUAAUGCAGAUGUAUUGGAAGGACUUGGUGCUCAUCUGGAAGAGAAAGAGAAAGUAGAAGGUGAAGAUCUGCAGAAGUGGUUAAGUAUGGUGGUAGCACCUGAAGAACUCGCAAUCUUCGUCAAAGGAAAGCAAGAGGCGUUGCUCCCGGCACGAGCUAGCUCCAGUUAACAGCUACAAUGUUCUGUCACCAAUUAUAGCCAUAAAGACAGGUUUUAACACAGAUCCUGUAUCUCCAGGUCAGAUCUGACUAUCACCAUUGCCUAAUGCAUAGCAUCAAUGGUUCCAGGGUCCCGUCCCGUAACACUUGAAUCAAAAUGUAAAGAACCAUUUUGGAGAGUAAUCAUUCUGGUGAUAGCUUAUAGAAUUACUGGCCGUGUGUUGUAAGAUUUGGUGUUCUUGCUGUAUACAGUCUCUUAAGAGAAAUUGGCAAAAUUGUAUCAUUGUUUUAGAUGUAUAAAAGCCAUAUACAUAUUACAAUAUGAGCUUUGAGAACAGUGUGGUUCACUCUUGAAUUCUCAUAAGUUCCUCUUGUAUACGAAUCAUCAUGUACUCUGUU